GACUGUGAGACUCAGAGGAGAAUGAAUGGUCAUGUAAAGAAUAUGCAUUUUCAACAGCUUGUGGAAAGAGCAGCAACAUUACUCUGCUUCCUGCUGCUUGUGGUUGUUGAUUCAACAAAAACCGUGGCAGCUGCUAGAAAUCAGGAGUGCAGCCAUGACCUGCAGCAGACUCUGAGGCUCACCAGGCUUGUCCAUAAGGAUACCGGUGAUCUAAUAAAACAAUAUAAAAUGUCCCAAGGGGAAAUGGCAGAGCUCCUCUGCAAAGCUUCAGCGAGUGGCAUCCCUGACCCAAACAUCUCUGGGCUGGAGCCUUCAGAGAAAAUAGCAAGCAUGUAUGCACACCUCCAAGCCUUCUCCCCACAUCUGAAGAGGGUGUACGAGCAGCAAGCAGACAUGCAGCCCCCCAAGAGUCCGCUUCUAAAUCAACUUAACAUGGUGAUAAGUCAGACCGGGAUGCUGACUCGCCGCAUAAACAACUUUUAUCACAAAGUCUUCCCGAACCUGCCUCUACCGGAGCCAGCGGGUGGAUCCACAACACUACCACCGCCUCAGAACAUCUUCCAGCAGAAGGUCUACGGCUGUGUGGUCCUGACGACCUACAAGAAGCUCCUCACAAACAUGUCCAAAAACAUGAGGACUCUAAGAAGCAAAGUCUGCACAAAGGCACCAGCAAGUGAAUCCAACUUAUUUUGAUGACCUGGGACUGACCUUCAGCGGUCAGUUUCCAGCAGCACUUUACUUUCGGAGAUGACAACAGACUUACAAAAACAUGCGUUUGAAGAUGGCAGGUACAUCAGAGUAAAGGAGGAUAUUUAUGGUAUUUAAUAUUUAUUUUCUGAAAGUGUUCCUGGAAAGAGUGAAGUGUGAAAUGAUUAACAGGCUUAUUAUUGCAUGUUUUGUAAUUUAAUUAUUAUUAUUAUUAUUUUUUUUUUCUGCUGUACAGAGGACAAUAAUCUGUUGUUUACGCCUGAUUGCAUC